CAGCUUCUUUCUUCUGCCACCUUUCCUCCCAUGAAAGCACUCCAGGGACAGACAGAAAGACAGACAGACAGACACACGCACACACACACACACACGCAUGCACACACACACACACACACACACACACACACAGGCUCAGGCCUUGCCUAGGGGCAUCCCAUUGGUCCUUAGAUUCACCCCUCCCCCGCCCCCCAAUUUCACUUUCGUUUCCUGCCUGGCUGCUGCUGGGAACCCCCUUGGUGAGUAAAUCCUGAACCCCACAGCCGGCCUCUUGCCUCUUGUACACCGAAUCCGAAGUCUCCACAGGUGUCCAAAGGUGUGCUACACAAUUCGUGGUGGGCAGCGCUCGGAAGACAUCAGAAGAAAAAGCUGCAUUUGCUUGGUCAUCAACAUCCAGAACAGGAGGAAGCACAGGAGUCAGGAGAGACAGGAGCAGGGAAAGAGCUUCUAUGGCCUCCUCAGUUCUGGUGGAGGUGAAGGAGGAGGUGACCUGCCCCAUCUGCCUGGAGCUCCUGAAAGAACCUAUGAGCACUGACUGUGGCCACAACUUCUGCAAACUGUGCAUCACUGCAAACUGUGAGUCCUCAGUACAUGAGCAAGGAGUGAGCAGCUGCCCUGUGUGCUGAGUCACUUUCCACUUUGCAACCCUGAAGCCCAAUUGACACAUGGCCAACAUAGUGAAGAGGCUCAGGGGGUUGACCCUGAUCCCGAGGGCAGAUCACUGUGAACACCAUGGUGAGAAACUCCUGCCCUUCUGUAAGGACGAUGGGAAGGUCAUUUGCUACCUUUGUGAACAUUCUCUGGAACACCAAGGUCACCACAUGAUGCUCAUGAAGCAGGUUGCAUGAGAGUACCAGGAGCAGCUCCAUGAAGUGCUGCAGAAGCUGAUGAAGGAUGAGAAAGAGUUUGAGAAGUUGAAAGCUGACAUCAAAGAAGAAAGAACUUCCUGGAAGAAUCAGAUACAGUGGGAGAUAGAAAAUGUCCAGAAUGUGUUUAAACAAUUGAGAGUCACCCUGGACUUUGAGGAGAAGAGGCUCCUGAGAAAACUGAAGACAGAGGAGGAACAGAUUGUGAAUAGCCUGGCUGUUUCUGAAAAUGAGCUGACCCAGCAAACCUAGCUGGCAAGAGAGCUCAUCUCAGAUGUGGAGCAUCGGUUGCAGGGGUCAGCAAUGGAGAUGUUGCAGGUAAGACUUCAAGAGUAGGUGCAGCAUCUGAGAUUCAGGUGCAAUGAAAAGCAUUUCCUCCUCCUCUGUGUGACUUUACUGUCUAGUGAUGGAAAUAAAGUUCUUUGGGCUAGUCAUUACUUCCUUCUGAAUGAAUUUCAGGGGGUAUGGGCAUAAUUGAAUGUAUAUUUAAAAAGGGAAAAUCCCGUUUCAAUUAUUAUGAAGUGAAGUGCACAAAUUUAAUGUUGAGGGGAAGAUCCAUUGUAUACAGUGAUGUUUUAAAAUUGCCAAUUUCCUGUGAUCUAGUGCUGAGCAUUUAUUAAGCAUAUUUUCACAAUUCAAGGUAAUCGCUGCUAAACAAAGGAACUUCAAGUUGCAAAAGAUGUUCUACUUUCCUUUCUACAAUAAAUUGAGACAUUUUCCAUUUUAGUCCCCCCCAAAAAAUCAUCACAGACUAGUAUUUCUUCCUUUAUAUAUUCAUUAAAAUUCAGCAGUGAAGCCAUCUCAGUGGUGUUUUUGUUUUCAUUUUUGUUUUUUGCGUUCCCAUAGAAUUAUAAAUUUUUAAAUUCUUUUACUUGUCUCAAGUUCAUUUAGAUAAUCUAUACUUCUUGAGUUAGAUGUUGGUAGUACAUGUCUUUGUACAAAUGUUCAUUUUAUCUAAGUUGUUGAAUUUGCAGGCGUAGUAUAAGACUUGUUUAUAAUCUUUUUUAUUUCUGUGUUAUGUUAACUUUGUCAAUAUAAAUUGUUUUUAAUUACCACAUAUAGCAUGUUCAUUGGAAAUAUGCAUACAUUGUGGAAUGUCUAAAUGGAGCUAAUUAACUCCUUCAUUAUUUUGCACACAACUUUUUUGCGGUGACAGCAAAGUCUAUUCCUCUGGCAAUUUGUAAGAACAUAAUACAUUGUUAUUAAGUAUGGCCACCACAUUGUGCAAUGAAUUUCUUGAAGAUAUUCCUUCUUUCUGAUUUAACUUUUGAAUCUUUUGACAAAUAUCUUCCUAUCUCUCCCUCACAGGCCUUCACUCCUCCCAGUGUACUUCCUGCUUCUAUAAGAUCAACUUUUAUUCAUUCCACGUAUUUAAGUGUUCAUAUCCACUACUAUUUUUCUGGGCCUGGA